CUUUUAACUAUCAGACUUGGGACCAUAUUCAGGCUGUCAUCUCUCUGACUCACAAACUAAAUCAACAGCCCCCUUCACACACUCAACAGAUAGCAGACCCAUUUCAUCGCACAGCUAAGUCAUGGCGGACAAAAAGGACAGCAAGAUCCCCAGUAAAAGCGGCCUGAUAAAGAAGAAAGAAAAGAAAUUGGAGAAAGUAGAGAGUAAACCUGAAAAGGAGAAAGAAAAGAACAAGGAUAAAGGAGAAAAGGUGACAAAGAAGCCAGAGAAGACCCCAGAAAAUCCGCAAAUAAAUGAGACGAUGCCUCAAGGAAAUGGGGAAGUAGCAGAUGGUGCCAAAGGCCCUGUCAAAGAUGAGGAGUUUGAGCUGGAGCCUAUGGAGCUGCCUCCAUUCGAGAUCAUUAUAGGAGACCGAAUGAACCCGACCUUCUUUAAGUUCCAAUUUAAAAAUGUGGAAUAUUCCUCUGGACGCAACAAGACCUUCCUGUGCUACCAGGUAGACAUUCAAGGAGGCUCUGCAGAGACAGAAGGCCUUCGUGGUUACCUGGAGGAUGAGCAUUCAGGUUCACAUGCUGAAGAGGCCUUCUUUCAUCAAGUGCUGGCCUAUUAUGACAAGUCACUCCACUACACAGUGACCUGGUACACGUCCUCGAGUCCUUGCGCAUCCUGCUCUGCUAAGCUCGUAGAGAUCUUGCGAGCUCGCAAGACAAUGCGCCUUAAUAUCCACUGCUCCCGUCUCUUCCAGUGGGAGGAAGCAGAGAUACAGGCCGGACUUCAGGCGCUAGUUAGGGCAGGGUGUAAAAUACGCAUGAUGAGGCCUGUGGAUUUUGCGUAUGUUUGGUCUACGUUCGUUGAGAACGAGGAAGAUAACUUUACACCCUGGGAGGACUGUCAAGAUAGCUAUGAUUAUUAUGAUGAGAGAUUGUGUGAUAUUUUAAAGUAGGGUAAGCAAAAAACAGCCAACAACAAAUAUAAUACUUAAAAAGCUAAUUUUUAAAAUGUCCCUAUAAUUACAACAGCAUUGUUUUCUCUGUCAACACUAUUCAUCCUGUGAAAUCACUUUGUUGACUUUAUCGAUUUGAAACUUACAUUAUGAAUUCAAACCACAAAUAAAUAAAUAAUAAAGGUAAUAUUUUUACUAAGUAUCAUUUUAAGAAAAUUUUUAGAAGCUAAACAUCUGGUUGCAAAAUUCAAGCAUAAAAUUCCUGUUCAUUCUAAGCUAAUUCUUUUGCUUACUAAAAUAUAGUUUGCUUUGCUCUAGCCUCUAAGCAUUGUUUAAAUACCGUAUUCAAUUUUUUAUUUUAUGAUGAAUUUUGGCAUUCUCCCUGUAUGUAAAACAAUAAACACGAGUCAAUUAGCACAACUGCCCAAUUUAAA